AUGAACGCAGACGUCCGACGGGUUGUGGACUUUUGGUUCAACCGUCCCCCCAUGGAAUGGAUCAUCGCGCCCGAGGGUCUCGACGCCCAAAUCAAGUCCGAGUUUGGGCAACUCGUCCUCAAAGCUCGUAACAACGAGUUGGACGACUGGACCGCGGCGCCAGAAGGCUCUGUCGCCCUGGUCGCUCUGCUGGACCAAUUCUCUCGAAACAUGUUUCGCGGCUCUCCAGACGCCUUCAGCGCCGAUGCCAAGGCGUGGGACAUUGCCACAAAGGCCAUCGCCCGUGAAUUCGACAGCAAGGUCACCGUUAUCCAGGCGACGGCGUUGUACAUGGCGCUGAUGCAGCAGGAAAGUUUGAUCUCGCUCAUCGCCGCGCGCCAACUGUUUAAGGCCCUGAAGCCGAGAUGUGCCACCGAGGAGGAACACAAAUGGGUCGACAUGGGCGUUGCGGCUUCAAAGAGACACAUGCAGCAAUUGGAACAGUUUGGGAGGUAUCCAACCCGGAAUGCGCUACUGGGAAGAAAGAAUACCGAGGCUGAGGAAGAGUUUCUAAAGGCACAUGCUCCUAGUCUGUAG